GCCCCUCUGCCCGGCAGGUGGGGGUACCUUGCUGCACCCAGGCAGCCUGACCUGAGGCCAUGGUGAUCCAACAGGUGGGCAGCAGGGGGCGAGUGGCAGCCGAGAGUCUUGAAAGGAGAAGGGGCAGUCGCUGUGAAGACAAGAAACAGACGCUGUUGGCGUUGCUGAUCUUGGUCCUGUACGUGGGCACAGGAAUAUCAGGAAGAAGUUGGGAGGUGUCAGAAAGGAUCAGAGAAUGUAACUAUCCCCAGAAUCCUGUGGCUUCCCAGGGAUUUGAAUACCAGACCGAUGAACCCGCAGAAGAGCCAAUAAAGGUCAUCAGGACCUGGCUGAAGGAACACUUGCACGUUUUCUUGGAGAAGCUAGAAAAAGAGGUGCAGGAGUUGGAGCAGCUAGUACAGGACCUGGAGGGGUGGUUAGAUGCCCUUCUGGGAGAGGGGCACCCGGAGGAUCCCUGCUCCAGCUUCAAGAACGGUUUGUGAGGGCCCGGGGCUGGACCCUGGGGAGGACGCCAAGUGAAAAGCAGGGGAAGGCUUGCCAGCUGACAAGAGCUGAGCUGUGACACUUGAAUUUCAAAGCAGGCAAGACAAUAAAAUACCUGAGACCCUGAGAACUUUGCUGGCACCACGGCUGGUUCACGAACGAAUGCCAUCAGGCAGGGCCUGCUGAGAUAUCCUCCAGGGCACCAGGACUCCGGGGUGCCAGAACGAAGCCAGCCUCCAGGGCAGAACCCUUGCCCACUUCCCCGAGAUCCGGCACAAAUUCCCUAACCUCUCUGAGACGCAAGUGCCUCAUGAGGAAAAAUCAGGGUCACAAAUUUGCCUCCCAGCAUUAUGAGGGUGUAUAUGUAGAGUGCCUGAUAGAUAGGUCUUCCUUUCUUUCACUCCUUUUCCUUCCUCCCCGGAACUUAGUAAGACGAGUCUGGUUCUGGAGUACAUAGAUGUUAAUGUGGCAGCUCAACCCUCUGGCCCUGCUUCCAGCAGCAUCAAUUGCCAAAA